CACUGACAGGUUGAGCGAAAAAAAGUUAAGUUGACAGAAAAAAAAGUUGACAGAAAAAAAAGUUGACGAGAAUAAGUUGAUAAAAGAAAGGUUGACAGAAGAGCUGGUUGAGGAAAAGCUGGUUGAGGAAAAGUAAGCAGAAGAAAAGGCGAUCGAAAGUUUGCACGGUGACCGAAAGUUUACAAGGAAAUGUGGUCCAGAACAAGAAAAUUAAUUUACUUUUCGUUUUUGUUCUUGGCGGCGGCGGUGGGGAUGGUAUACUUGCGAGGGAAAUAUCCAGAAACGACGCCUUUUUUGGCGGAGAUUCGCGUCGUCGAGGGUGAGGCUGCUGGAGACCAAAAGGGGGUUGAAGAGACGACCGACAGAGGCGAAGACGAAGACCUAGAAAGACGCGGCGAUGACGCAGACGAAAGUGAAUACAAAGACGCAUACGACAGCGAGCAUGGCGACGCAGACGAAGGGGCGCUCGGUGACAAAGACGAAGAAAACGCCGCAAAGCAAACAUCCCAAACAAAGGAGGACUACGAAGGACAAGAGGAACCGAGACACUUCGAAGCCGAGAAGAGAAUCGGAAAGAACGAAGAAGAAGCCACAGGAGAGGGCUUAUCAGAGCGGUUUCGUCGGCGGCGAGAGAGGAUGAGGGCCGUCUGCGAGGAGAGGAGGAACAACAACCCCGGAGAAAAGGAGAACGUCGAAAUCACACUCAGGAGACAGAUCCUCCACUUCUGGGGCUGGAAUGUGUCCGUGUGCACCAUCCCGAAGGUGGGGUCCGGGACGUGGCGGGGUCACGUGAACCGCAUCAAUGGACGCUCCGGGGACCCCCUCAGAGACCCCAGGAGGAGGAAUCUGACGAGGAGGCCCGUGAGGGACGCUCUUGGCCAGGUGCGGAGGACGGUGCGGAUCAUGACGGUUCGACACCCCCUCACCCGCCUCGUGUCUGCCUACCGCAAUAAAUUUCGCAAUGGAAGGAGGUUCGGCGUCCAUCAUAAGAUCGGAAGAAGGACUUUCCUGUCUCCUGCUCUCAAACAUCUUCCCGAAAAGAGGAACAAGAACCGCCUGUCCUUCCCCGAUUUCCUCACGCACGUCGUGAAAUCCCACAGCGAAGGGCGCGUCAACUUACACUGGCAGACCUUUUCGUACUUGUGCUCGCCAUGCCAUCUCGACUACGAUUACGUCACGAAGCUGGAAACGCAGACGGAGGAGCUGCAUCACGUGUUCGGGGUCGUGGGCCUCCCCGCGGACCCUGCCAGGCAAGCCAACCCCAUCAAGAAGGGCGUGGACAAGGACACCUCCGACCUCGCAUAUUACAAACAAGUUCCUUUGGAGUUGAAGAAACAGAUAUAUGACGUCUUUAAGUUUGACAUGAUGAUGUUUGACUAUCAGCUGCCGGACGACUUUUGGGAAACCACGUAAUGUAGGGGAUACGUGCAAGUGUGCGUUUUUUAAGCGAGUUUUUUUUCAGAAGGUGAAAACAAUAGAAAAAUGUUACUAGUUCAACGUGUAAGAACUUUUAAUUAAUCUUUUGGCAUACCUUUGACUUAAUAGGCCCCACAUAGGAGAAUUUUUUUCAUAAUUACUGUCUGCAUUUCUAUAUAUUCACAGUAUGUAUCAAACCAUUCCCUAAAUAAGUGGUAUAUUCAUACAGAACUCUUAAAUAUAGCGUUUUUCAGCUGUACCUUUUCCUAAUAAUGUUUUCAUAAUGAGUAAUAAUAAUGAAUUACACAUGGACUUUUAAAUGGUAACGACUAUCACAAAUAAAUUACAAAAAUAAGUACAUAGAUAACUCAAUGUGUUUAUUCUUUAAUCCAUUCGUUAUU